GGAAUGGCUCCUACCUUAGCUUUACAGCUUUAAAUAAUUAAAUGACAAUUUUAAAUUAAAAAGCAAUUUUCUUUUCCCAAAUUUCUUUAUUUUUAUAUUCGAAUUUUCUAUCUCUGCCAUUUAUUAAAUUCCUUUUAUUAAAUUUCCAAGACGGACGUGAACCAUUUUCUUAACUAAAAUCUAUACUUUGAAUUUUGCAGUUUAAAAUAUUAAUUAUUAAUUAAUUUUGCAAUAUUUUAUCCAUAUUUUUCUUUUAUUUUAUUUUCCAUUUUUCUACUUUUUAUUUCCUUCUCCUCCUUUUCUGCAAAACCCUAAAUUUCACAACCGCUUGAAGAAAUUCUGAAAUCAGAUGAGAAAUUUUGGUAAUUUUUUUCAAAAAUAUUGAAUAAUUUUUUUGGGGUAAUCUAGUGUCGCCAUUGUAGCUCUGUUCAUGCUCUGCAAUGGCGAAAAUUUAAGCCGGGAGUUUGGAGUCUGUUACAUUAAGUGAAUCCAACUCCAGAAGUUGCUGCAGUUAGCUCUAGAGUUAUCCAGGUUCUUAAGCGGGUCUCUGAGUUCAGGUUUACUGGGUUCGAAGCAGAGUUUUUCGUUGUUGGGUUUUUGCUUUUGUGUUCGAAUUCAUUUUCCUUACGAGUAUUGAAUUUAUUUUUUUGGUGUUUUUGUUGUAAGGAGGUGUUUUCGGUUCUUCUGAGUUUGAUAAAAGUCUUAAUCUUCUGUCCGUGGGUUUAGGGUUUUAGGUUCUGUUUCUGUUCAUUCUUCUUCGUUCUUGAGUUUGAGGAGGCUUGGAUCUUUGAUGAGUGGGUUUUAGAGUUACUCUCUGUGGGGUUUACGUAUGGAGGGGACAGAAGGGAUGAGUUCUGGGGUUACGGUGAAGGGGGAGGAAGCUCCGGAGAGCUACCGGGUGGCGGCGAGGAGCGAAAACCCUACUCCAUUUGUUGGAUCAACAAUGGCGGCUACGCCGCCGGUUAGUGUUCCUAUGCCGAGCACAGAAGGGAAGAAGAAAAGAGGGAGGCCCAGAAAGUAUGGCCCAGACGGUAGGGUCACACUGGCAUUGUCUCCCAUGCCGAUUUCGUCGUCAAUCCCACUGACCGGAGACUUCUCGGCCUGGGACCGGGGUAAAGGGCGGCCCUUCGAACCAUCGUCGAAGAAGAAAAAUAAGUUUGAGUUGGAGAGCUCAGGUGAGCGGAUUGCGUACUCUGUUGGUGCAAAUUUCACUCCUCAUGUGAUCACUGUCAAUGCUGGUGAGGACGUUACUAUGAAGAUUAUAUCAUUUUCUCAACAAGGAUCUCGAGCAAUUUGCAUUCUAUCUGCUAAUGGAUCAAUUUCAAAUGUUACACUUCGUCAGCCUAAUUCUUCAGGGGGCACUUUGACAUAUGAGGGACGUUUUGAAAUACUUUCUUUGACUGGUUCGUUCAUGCCAACUGAUAAUGGAGGAACAAAGAGCAGAUCUGGUGGGAUGAGUGUUUCUUUGGCAGGGCCAGAUGGCCGUGUUGUUGGGGGAGGACUUGCUGGUUUACUAGUAGCUGCAGGCCCUGUUCAGGUGGUUGUAGGCAGUUUCCUACCUGGACAUCAGCAGGAGCAAAAGCCCAAGAAACAGAGAACUGAGCCAGUGUCAGUUGCCACUCCAAUUAGUGCCCACCCCAUCCACAGAGAAGAAACAGAAGGUGGGUAUGGAGGGCAAAAGCCAAGUAUCACAUCUCCUCGUGGAGAUAACUGGGCUUCUUUGAACUCUGUGCAGGGCUCAACCAAUCCUGCCACUGACAAUAAAGCAUCGUUCCCUGGAGGGGAAUCUAGGGCACCCAACCAUUCAAAUUGCGAUGCUUCUAGCUGAUCUUUGCUGCUUGUCAUCAUUGUUUCUCCGGACUCAGGCAAGCAUUUGGCCAUACUCCCCUGUCUGACAGCUAUAUAGACUCAUUGGCUAUUUAUUAUUGCACGAUGAACCAAGGAUUAACACCAUGCUGGUUUAAGAAUUGUACUCUUUGUUAGGCACUAGGUAGGAGUUCUAAUUAGUAGGUUUGUUCUGCAGCUGUUGUCAUCAUAUAUUUUAUCGUGUUGUCUCACUUGUUGUUGUAGAAUAUUUAAAUGUACCCUGGUUUGCUAUUCUUCUUCUUAUUAUCUGUAUUUGAAAGAUUGUUUCUAAGUGGAUAUUGCUUUGAUUGUGAGUUUCUUCCAUGAAAUUUAGCAUAUGUUUUUGUGGUA